UCCUUUUAUGUGCGUUAAGGAAAAAUAGGAACGGUGUCUUUCAUUUCCCCGUCCUUUCGUCGAAGGAGAAUGGAGUAGCAUCUAUUUAUAUGCAAGCCAUGAUCUAGCCCGAUUCAUCCAUUCUUCCUCUAAACAUAUCCAUCGUUUCAGAGAUUUGCUUGGCUUUUGUGUUUCAGCCCCCAUCCUUGCAUUUAUGGCUGCUUCAUCCUCAUCUCACCAACCAAAUGCUUUCUCUGGAAUUGAAAUAGAAGAAACUUCAACAGUGUUUGAUGUGUGCAUCAACCACAGAGGCUCCGAUGUCGAAAAUUCUCUGUCUACUCAGCUUUACAAUUCCCUUAAGGCGCUAGGUAUAAAGACAUUUCUUGAUUCUGAAGAGAAAGAGCUUGGAGACUCAUUUCCUUCAACAAUUAAUACUGCGAUUAGUUCUGCUUCUGUACAUGUCGCUAUAUUUUCAAGAACAUAUGCACAGUCACCAUGGUGCCUAGCUGAGCUGGCUCUUAUGUCAAAAAGCAAGGGCAAGAUUAUUCCCGUUUUUUACCAAGUAGAGCCGUGGGAACUCCGCUACAUCGAAAAGGGAGUAUAUAAUGCUGCAUUUCUUGAAUAUGUAGAGAAGGGCAGGUAUCUCGACAAGAUUCAGGAGUGGAAGGAAAUCCUUCAACAAGUUUCAUAUACAGCAGGCUACGAAUUCAAAACCCCAGAUGACUUCAAAGACAUAGUGGCUGCUGUGGAAAAAGAAGUGCAGAGGACAAAACGUUUACAUGUUGCCAAAUAUCCAGUCGGACUUCACAAGCUUGUAAAAGAUUUUGAAAGGCGGUGCCUUGAUGAUCUUGUUCAAGAUUUUGAAAGCCAAUGUGGAACCAAGAAAGCCAAUGUCGUUGGCAUUUUUGGUACGGGUGGGGUUGGGAAGACAACUCUCUCAAAAGAGUUGUUCAACCAAAAUAAAUCAAAAUACACAAGGGCAAGUUUUCUGUUUGACGUUCGGGAAGCCUAUGCCAGUGGUAAAUUACCUUUAUUGCAAAGUAAACUCCUCAAAGAUAUAUUCUGUGAAGAUCAAAGUUUUCAAAGCCCUGAGGAAGGGACAAGCUUACUGAAGGAUCGUUUGGAAAGGAGCAGCUCUUACAGUUUCCUAAUUGUGUUGGAUGACAUUGAUCAUGUGGAUCAGCUAGAUUCUCUAUUAGUCAAGGAUAUAUUAAAUCGGUCUAGUAAUAAUCUUGUAAUUAUUACAACCCGAGAGGUAGGGGUCCUUACAAGUGCAGGAAUUGACAUAGCCUAUCAUUUGAAAGGAUUGGAUAGAGAAGAAGGGAGAGAGUUGUUUUGCUGGAACGCUUUCGGUCAACCCUAUCCAUCUAGAGGUUACGAGGAUCUUGUUCAGGGCUUCGUUAACAUUUGUGGAGGCUUACCUCUCUCUCUCCAAGUUCUGGGUCGGCAUGUAUCUGGUAGAGAGGAGUGCUAUUGGCAGGAAGAAUUGCAAAAAGCACGUAAGAAUCUGCCCGGAUAUAAAGCAGAGGCUGAAGAUAUGCUUUGAUGGAUUAGAUGAUGAAAGGAAAACAUAUUUUAUGUUUUAGGUAGUUGUAAGUUUUUAAUUUGUCCAAUUACAGUGCUCGCUGUUAGUUUUUA